AUAUCGUCUGGUAGGUCGUUCCCCUUUGUCGCGCCGUCCCAUCCCGAGCUCGCCGAGGCCGCCGCGUUCUCGCCCGGGGAGCGGUACACGGCCGGCGACGUCGCCGCCGUCGUCGCCUACGCGCGGUCCUUGGGCAUUCGAGUCGUCGUCGAGGUCGACACGCCGGGCCACGCGGCGUCGUUUUGCAAGAGCAACCCCCACGUCUGCCCGGCCCCCGACUGCCCCGAGCCGCUGCUGAUAAACAACGCGACCUUCGAGCUCAUCGGCGACAUUUUUGCGGACUUUGCGGCGGUGACGACGGACGAGGUCUUCCACCUCGGCGGCGACGAGGUCCGCUACGACUGCUGGAACAAGUCGGACGCCAUGAAGGCGUGGAUGGCGGCGGAGAAGCUCGCGACCUUCGACGACGCCUACGCCUACGCGGUCCAGCGCGUCGCGGCGGGCGUCAAGGCGGCCCACGGCCGGGCGGCGAUCGUCUGGGGCGAGGCGUGGACGCACUUCGGGCCGUCGAUGCCCCAGGAGACGAUCUUCGACUUCUGGCUUGGGGGCGGGGUAUCGGCGCGCGGCGUCGCGAACGCGACGAGCCACGGCUAUCGCGUCCUUUGGAACGUCGGCCGCGGCUCGAACGUGGGCUCCUGGCGCGUCGCCCGGCGCGUACGAAAGCUUCGUAGGUAUCUGGAUUCACUCAUCACGACGUGGGAUACCAUGUACGCCCGCGACCCCUGCACAGGCCUCACGACGCAGCAGUGCGCGCUCGUCUUGGGAGGCGGAGGAGAGAUGCGAACGGCGGAUCCAUCGGAUAUCAUGCAAACGCUGUGGCCGCGCCUCGCGGCCAUCGCCGAGGUGCUCUGGUCGCCGCCGCACGGCGCGAACGCGACGGCGGCCGCGCUGCCGCGCCUCGAGGCGUUCCGCUGCGUCCUCGAGGAGCGCGGCGUCGCCGCGGCGCCCGUCUCGAACCCGCUCGCGCGCGCGGCGCCCGAGGGGCCCGGGAGCUGCCGCUCCCAGUGA